AUGGCAGGUGCCAUCAUGAUGGUCGCUUACAUGGGCCGUGAAGGCUCAGUUGGGGCAAGACUUGACGAGCUAGCCAACAACUGCACUGUAUCCUGUCUCGUUGUUUAUACCUCCAUAUGUGCAACCUAUCUGUACUUUUUCCGGACACUUGAAGAUGCCAAAAUAUACGCCAAUACGUCUGAGUCACAGGCAGCGAGCUAUGAUCUUGCUUGUGUCGUUCUUAUCCUCUUCAACGGGGUAGGCGCCUUUAUUGAGCCCUUCAACAUUCGCAAGUUCAUUGCUGCUUAUAUUAGUCUUCCGGUGUUCAUUUUACUCAUCUUGUGUUAUAAUAUCCGAAAACACGGGUUCCGGUUUAGGGAUUGGUGGACAGACAAGUCGGGCGACUUGAGCCAGACCGUGCAGGCUUCAAGCAAUACGCGGAAGGGAAGGCUCGAGUUCCCUGACAGUGGCAUCACAAGACACAACUGGGCAGUCUUUGUUCAUUGGGUCUGGGUAUGGCUGAAGUAAAGUGAAUAUAGCUAAACAGCAACGCUGGACCUCUUAACCUUGUGAAGAUGAAAGCACUGAAGUAUUAUGGCGAAGCUAUUGUGUAUAGUUAUAUUACGGGGGCUUGGGAGAAUCUGCCCCGUUGCUAGUUAGCUGCUUUUCGUAUCAAUCUCAUGCCCCGGCACACUCGUGCAGGAAAAUUCAAGGUGGUCAUCGAA